AUGUGUCAUGGUGAUAGAUGGGCUUUAAAAUUAUGUUAUCAUACACUCAGACGUUUUUCAGAAGAAAAGGAAUAUGGUAUUUUAUCCGAAACAAAGAACUUUGAAGAUGCUCAGAAUGUCUACUCAAAACUCAUCAAAGAUGAUCCAACCAAUACAUUGGCACGUAAACGAAUGAUUACAAUUUUAAUGGCUCAACAGAAAAUACCCGAAGCGAUUAAUGAAUUAAGAGAAUAUUUAAAAAUUUUCAUGAGCGAUUAUGAAGCAUGGAAUAAGUUAGCUGAUCUUUAUCUAUCAGAAUGUGACUAUAAACAUGCUGCAUUCUGUAUGGAAGAAUUGAUUUUGUCCAAUCCUUCUAAUCAUCUCUAUUAUCAACGUUAUGCUGAAAUUAAAUAUACUGAAGGAGGAAAUGAGAAUUUAGAAUUAGCCAGAGCUUAUUAUAGUCAAGCUUGUCUAUUAUGUCCAAAUAAUCUUCGUAGUUUAUAUGGUCUAUUACUUACAUGCUCUGCGUUAGAUAAUCAUUUGCCAAAAUCGUUGAAAAUGAUUUCAUCCACAACAAUAGACAAUAAACUACACAAUGGACCAUCAUCUAUUGGAUACAACUAUGCAACAAUUAUUGAUGAUGCUGGUAUUGUCAGUGCCAGUCAUCAUCAUCAUCAUCCUAAUAAUCAAAGUAGUCGAUUAAAUAACAAUCCAAUGCCGAGUAAACAACAACAAGUAUCAUUAUUAUCUAGUACAGAGAAAAAUAGACAAUUAGCUAAAUGGGCAGCGGAACAAAUUCGUCUGAUCUAUAUGUCGGCCAGUACAAAUUGUGCUUCAUCAUCAUUGUCUUCCACAACUUGUAUCAAAUCUACUAAAUGUUUUAAACAAUCGUCUUCCAAAAAUCAUAUUGGACAUAGGAAUAAUAAUAUUAGAAAUAAUCGCAUUACUACUACUACUACUUAUAGUGGUGCUAGUAAUAUCAGUGACAAUCCGAUUAGUGCGAUAAGUUCUGGUGAUAUUGUGGAUACUGGUUACAAUACCCAUAAUCCCAUUGAUAUGUGUGUACAUAAUGUUGAAGUAAACGAACAUGGCCAUGUUGAUACUGAUGAUACUGAUGAUGUUGAUGAUGGUGAGAACAGUCAUCCAAUGGUUUGUGAUAAAAAGACCAAAUAAGCAUGCAACAACAACGAGAUUAUAUGCAUUUGGAAUAACAAACGACCAAUGGAAUACACAUCACAAUUACUACUUCGAAUCAGUCCAUCGACAACUUACCCGUUUAUCAUCAUCAGUUUUCUUUAAUUAGAAAUAACGUAUAACGAUUAUUACCUUUGUGCACACUUUUUGUUUCCUUUUGUUUCUCAUAUGAUGAUGAUUUGUGUUACUACUGAGUGAUGCUGUGUUUUUGUUUUCUAUCGUCUCACCCCCCCUCGCCGCUGCCGCCGCCGCCUUCAUCCCCCUUCUACUUUUUUUUGCAUCGUUUUCCUCUUGCAUCAUUCGUUGUAAUAUUUACGAUAAACAUUUAUACAUUUAUUACAAACAUUCCAUCUAGCACACUUAUUCAAAUCCAGUGAAUAGAUAGGUGCUCUCUCUCUCUGUGUCUCCUUCUCUAUCUCUCUAUUCAAAUUAUUCUCUUUUAUUUAUACUUCCUUUCUGUAUUUCAUUUUUUCCUCUUUUCUAUAGUAAUUCCUUAGAUCCUAUCGAAUAUGUCUACUACUUUGUAAAGUUUGUUCGAUAUUUCG